CGACCCCGACCCCGGGACCCCCUGCCGCAGCCGCCACCCCUGGGCCCCCAGCGGACGAGCUGUACGCGGCGCUGGAGGAUUAUCACCCCGCCGAGCUGUACCGCGCGCUCGCCGUGUCCGGGGGCACCCUGCCCCGCCGAAAGGUGCGUCCCCUGCCCGCCUUCGGGACCUGCUCAGCCCCUCUCCGACCCCCUCCCUACACGGCCUCCUGACUCCGCAGUGCCCUCUCCUCGGCGUCCGCGGAGUCCCCCACCUUCUUCCCCGGCCCGCUGGGCGCCUCGACCCCCCGCGUUCCCCGCUGCUCCGAAGGCCGUGGCCUCUCGCCUGCACACCGCGCCCAGGCUCUCAACUCCGCGCCCCAAGCGCUCCCCCUCUCUCCCUCCUUGACUCCUCCCAGCACCCUCCUUCUGCUACUCGCUCCGUCUGGCUUUCUGCCCCCCAUGCCCUGAGGGCCUCCCCGUGGCCUGGUGUCUUGGGUCCCCAGGAUCCCCUCGCCCGAGGGGCAGAGACAGCCCCAGACAAGUUGAAGGUUCGAGAGCCCCCGGUGGGAGAAGUGGGCGGGUGGCUGCGCCGCGUGCGUUCUCACUCUGAGGAAGUGCGUGGGGAGCCGCUGACUCCGGAGAGCACACCCUUCCGAGGGGACUCCCCGAUUCCUGGGCUCGGGGCCUGCCGCCUGGCCCCACGUCUGACGUGCGGGGCGCGAGGGCCACGGCUCCCUGGACUUCUGUCGGAACCGGACGCAGUGGGAGGGGUCGCAGGGCGCCCGCGGGGCAGGAAGGAUGCGGGCCGCGCCCACCUCUGAGUCCCCUCUGCCAGCCUCUUCCUCUGGCCCCAGGGGACCUGAGGCUCAGAACCUACACCACACCAGGUUAAGGAGAGGGGACUGGUGGCCUUUCCUCACCCAGCCGCCCUCCUUCGCCCCUGGCCCCCAGCUAGCCCCCACACAAUGAACAGCUUGUUGAGAAUUUGCAUUUUAUGAAAAUCAUGUUGAAAGACAAAGGGGUCUCUCUGUGCUGCCCAGUCCUUCCUCCCUGGCCAUUUGGGAACUGUCCCCACCCCUGAGGCCAGUCUGGUUCUGACCCUUCUCUUACUUGCCUUGGGCAGCCUGGGGGGAGGGUUAGCAAAGGCACAGACCAGAAAGGCCCUGGGCUGUGCAGGCUCCAAAGAAAACGGCUGCUCUGGGACUGGACCUCCUCCAAGGACCAAAAAGUUAGGGAGGGUGAGAGACUAGUUUAUCAAGGACCCUGAAGAGACAGGAAUCUUCAUCUCUCAUCCUUCCUCCACACCCCCCACCAUCACCCCUAAAGAACUCCCAAUCUCGCUCCUUUAGUGAGACUUGCUGACAAGUUUGACAUCUAAGAUGUUUUGUCCCAGAAAGCACAAAAUAUAUGGCAAUGGAGAGAGAGAUCCAGGUAUAGCUGGGCAUAGCUGGUCACCUGCAGCUGGGAUCCACAACUGGUCCCUGAAACGGCCUGUACCUUAGGACACCUGGCACCUCUGACCCCAAAUUCUGGCUGGGAUUGCCAGCCCUUCAGGCCAGGGUCCCUGACCCCAGCCCUCCCAAGCCUCUGUCCGUAGCUGAGAAAUUAGAUGGAGAGACCCAACUGGCAGAAAGUCCUCAGAGCACCUUGAUAGGUGAGCCCAGGCGACACCUAUCCUCUGAAUCCCACUGAGGAAGAGCCCCUGCCUCAGCUUUGGGAGUCUGGAUGGCCUGAGCCUCUACAGACAUGGGCCCUAGGGGUGGAGACCAUUCUAGAAUAAUGAUCUCCCCACCUGCUGCCAGUGUGGAAACCAGCAAGGGCUUAGAGAUUCAUGGAUCUGGAACCCAGGAGGAUGGUUGUGUCACUGCAGUCCCAGAUACGAAGGGCUCAGGAUUCCGCUGGAAGAAUCUCAGCCAGAGUCCUGAACAGCAGCGGAAAGUGCUGACGUUGGAGAAGAAGGAUAACCAGACCUUCGGCUUUGAGAUCCAGACUUAUGGACUUCACCACCGGGAGGAGCAGCGUGUGGAAAUGGUGACCUUCGUCUGCCGAGUUCAUGAGUCUAGUCCUGCCCAGCUGGCUGGGCUCACACCAGGGGACACCAUCGCCAGCGUCAAUGGCCUGAAUGUGGAAGGCAUCCGGCAUCGAGAGAUUGUGGACAUCAUUAAGGCAUCAGGCAAUGUUCUCAGACUGGAAACUCUAUAUGGGACGUCAAUUCGGAAGGCGGAACUGGAGGCUCGUCUGCAGUACCUGAAGCAAACCCUGUAUGAGAAGUGGGGAGAGUACAGGUCCCUCAUGGUGCAGGAGCAGCGGCUGGUGCAUGGCCUGGUGGUGAAGGAUCCCAGCAUCUACGACACGCUGGAGUCGGUGCGCUCCUGCCUGUACGGCGCGGGCCUGCUCCCGGGCUCGCUGCCCUUCGGGCCUCUGCUCGCCGUACCCGGGCGUCCGCGCGGAGGCGCCCGACGGGCCAGGGGCGACAUCGACGACGCCGUCUACCACACGUGCUUCUUCGGGGACUCUGAGCCGCCGGCGCUGCCGCCCCCGCCGCCCCCGGCCCGCGCCUUGGGCCCGGGCCCCGCCGAGACCCCUGCCGUGGGGCCGGUCCCCGGGCCGCGGGCCGCGCUGAGCCGCAGCGCCAGUGUGAGGUGCGCGGGCCCUGGCGGGGGCGGAGGCGGGGGCGCGCCGGGCGCGCUGUGGACUGAGGCCCGCGAGCAGGUCCUAUGCGGCCCCGGCCUGCGCAAAACCAAGUACCGCAGCUUCCGCCGGCGGCUGCUCAAGUUCAUCCCCGGACUCAACCGCUCCCUGGAGGAGGAGGAGAGCCAGCUGUAGGGGCGGGGGCGGGCAGGGAGGUAUUUAUUUAUUUAUUCGCAACAGCCAGCACUAAAAGAGGGGGAGGCCGAGCCAAGAGGACCCCAGGAGCCCAGAGCAGCGGGAGAGGGUCCUUGCUAGCCUCGGCCCGCCGGGUCGGUUCCUGGCUGGUGUCUGCUGAGGGAGGUGGGGGCCCAGCCCCUUCUCUUCUCCGCCCCCCAAACCCCAGUGGGAGCUGGAGCAGGGGGAGAGCCAGGCAAUCGGGGGCCAAAGAUGGGGGUGCUCGCCUACAGUCUGCAUCUGUAGUGCCUUGUGGGGUAUCCAGGAACACCCUCCCAGCAGGGGAUGGGAACCCUGUCCCAUGCAGCCCUCUCCUCAGCUUUACUUGCUCCCCCGCCCUUAGCCUUGGGGAGAAAUGGCCCGUGGUGGGCUGACCCCCCACCCUCCACACACACAGUUCCAUGACCCAGCGGGCCCCCAGGGGCAUCAGGUGCUGGUCCUCCUCCCUCCUGGCCUCGACCCCUAAGGGCUUCGCCCCUCCCAGGGGCCUGUAACUAAGUGGGGUCCUGCCAGGCAGGGGGCCUGUGUUCUGUGCCCCUUGGGAGACAGGAACCGGCAAGUUCAGGUGGAGUGGGGACAGCACAGCCUGUUCCACCGUUCAGCAUAUUGUUGCUUCUGAACCACAAACUGUAUAAAAUGGAUGGUUUUUUGCA